AUGGCGACGUUAAAAAGAAUGAGUCAGCCAUUGGCGACUUCAUCACAUGUCAAAAUACCUAUACCGAAAUUGAACGUUGUGAGAAACCCUUCCGGAAGAGUAAGACAAGCAGUUCGAGACAAUAACGUGCCGCUCUUGUCAAGACUACAGAACAAGACGGAUCUUCGAAAUCCAGAUAAGAACAGACUGACGAGUCUAAGUUGGGCUGCUAUAGAAGGUAGCCUGGAAGUUUUCGAAUGGUUAUUGUUGGAUUAUGGUCAUGACGAUCAAGAGUUAUCCCGGGAUUCCGAUAACAACACUCUUCUUCACUUGCUUGCUUCAAUUCCUUCUCUAUCGACAUCACCAUUCACACACAUGACAUCGAAUUCAUCUUUCCCACCUCGUAUAUCAAGUUUGACAUAUGAUGAACAAUCUAUCACAUGUCUAAGGAUGACUCAAUUAUAUCAUACUCUAUUUCCAUUUUUAUUGGAUUGGUCAAAUUCAGGUGGUAAAACAGCAUUACACGUCGCUGCUCAAGCUGGAAAUUCUGCUUUCAUCUCACUUUUAUGUGAUUUAGGUGCCGAUAUUGAUUUGACUGAUUUACAAGGUAAUACACCUUUACACUACGCUAGUGCAUGGGGUCAUUUGGACACGAUCAAGAUUUUAUUGGAGAAAGGUUGUGGUGUUCAAGUUCGGAAUUUCGAGGGUUUCACUCCAUCCGAUUUCGCUUAUUCAGAUAGAAUCCUAAAUGGUUUACAAACUAUAGCAAAAGAUUUAUAUGAAGAACGUCGUUCCAAUAGGAAAAGAGAAGAAAGAAAUUACACCACUCAGGAAAAUAAUGUUAAUAAUAACAAUAAUAACAAUAACAAUAAUAAUAAUGAUAAUAGAUUUAGAUCAGGAAGUUUAAGUUCAUCUGUAUCGAUGGGUGCAGCAAGUAAUUCAAAUUCAAAUUCAGCUUCACAAGUCGGGAGUUAUUCAAGUCAACCUGGAAAGUAUAUUGAACAAUCUCGUUUCAAUAUAAAUUACGAGAAAAUACCACCGUUACCGGUUCAAGGUUUGGGUGAAAGAACAAGUUCAUUACCCAUGUCAAGGAAUGAUUCUUCGACUCAUGGUUCUACUACUUCCAGAGAAUUGAAUAAUCAGACGAAUCGACCGAACCUAAAUCAAAAUAUAUCCUCAAAUUCUCAACGAGCAAACGAACCACCUUUACUUGGCCCUACACUAUCAACUACACCUGUACCUGCAAAUCCUCAAACUGUACUAGGUAGACCUACGCCACCACUUCAACCGGGAACGUUGAACCCUUCACAUCGUCCAUCUUUACCUACCAAUAGACCAGUGACGGGUAGAUCACCUUCUAUGCCCUCAAACUCAUCGAACUCAAACACUGCACCCAUGAGACCACAAGGCAGUGCACCUUUGCCUUUACCUCUGCCCAGAGAAGGAGUGAUGAUGGGAUCCGUGAUGAGGAGAGCUAAUUCUGCUCAAACGGGUUCGAACAAUUCGAGUGAGGUAGGAAAAAUGGGCAGGGAUGGGCGAUUUUGA